UGUUUAAUAAAUACCUCUGUCUGUUUCCAGUUUCACUUACAAGAAAAAUUAAAGCAAAAAUAAUUUCGUCCAAAUCUCGAUUUGAAAUUUAUUUUGAUGGAAAAAAAUAAAGAUAGUAAAUUUCACAUUUGCAGACAUAAAAAGGUAAGAAGAUGUUCAGAGCCCUGGCUAGGGUAAGGUAUGACACCUUACGCCUCAACAAGAUAGAGGAGCCACCGCCAUCACCAUUCCAAGUCAAGUCUUUGACAGAGCUUUCUUCUAUAACAUUGAACUGGUUCCCGUAUCUGUUGGAGGAUAACGGUCUGUGUAUGUUACCUGUACAUCUGGUUCCCAGGCUUCUGAAGAUUGCUAUCACCAAUGACCAGUUCUGGUCAAUUUCUACAAUUAUUGCUAACUGGCCUUUUGAAACUCUCAGGUUCAGAGACAUAUUAACAGAGGAGGAAACAGUAGCAUUUGAAGAAGAUUUAUGUGAGGUAUCCUUUUACGUGUUUCAAGGGAUAACCAACCGGACCAAACACUGCCGUCUAAAAUGUCUCGAUUUUACAGAUAUAAUGCUCAGUCGCAUAUUCACAAAACUUAUCAUACAAACCUGGCCACUGCUGUCACUGAAGAAAUCUCAGAUGAAACCAAAAGUACUGGCUAAAACUAUAGCACGGGUUGCAGGGAUAAACAGUAAUACAAAGGGUGCAGACAAAAUGAAACUAACCUCAGAGAUAAUACCAAAGAUACUGGCAGAGAGGUUGACGCAUGAGGUCAUUGUGACAUCGGACAGAAUUGUGCUACCUCGAGGUCAAAGAUUGGAAGUGAAGAUAGACAAUUGUCAUUUUACAUCCAACAACAUGUUCUUCAUGGAUUACAUGAUAUGUAACUGUCUGCGUUCUAUAACACCAGUAUAUGUGACAGUCUCCAAUAUUCACAUCAAGUCAGAGUUGAUGGAAGGGGAUGGUUUCACAGAUUCUCUCGUGCCAUUUCUUGUUCUAAGAGGUCAAGAUACAGAGUUAUUAGAUGGAUUGUCAUUGAGGCAGCUUGAAGAAGGAAUUCUACACGUCAUCUCACCGGACAUCAUGAAAUUCACCAAUCUUCAAAGUUUGGAUAUCCAAGACUGUAAUCUCUACCUUCAGGAGGGAAUAACUCGUAGUCGCACAGCUACUCGGUCACGACUUUGCAAUAUGUUCUCAGCAUUCCAUCAUUUACAUCGACUGGACAUCAGUUUUAACUUUCUCAUUGGUUGUCUAGGCGAGUUGCUCGACGCAUUACAAAACCCAUUAGACUACCUCAGUGUUCGCGGCUGUGAUCUUAACGAGACCGAUCUCAACAAUUUAGCCAAAUCAAAACAUGCGCCUCAUCUGCGAGAACUAAAUAUGUCAAAACUGUGCAGUUUCUCAAUGUACGAAAGUGAUAGAAUAGCUCCUCUGCGUAUUUUGAAAACGAUGAAACAUUUUCCGAAAAUGACCGUGCUUAACCUUUCGCAGAACCACCUUCCGGAUGACGGUAUUAGAGAAUUUACAGAGAUUUUAUCGAAAGAUCUUGCACAUUUGAAAGUGCUAGAUAUCUCGGGUAAUAUUAUGCAAUUUGAAAGUCAACUCCAACUGGCAAAGGCGUGUGCGGAAAUUCCCAAAAUGCAAUUGGUGCGUCUGACCUGUAUGAAUAGUGCCGUGAAUGACGAUAUAUUUAUGAAUAAUCAUCAGAUUGACGGAAUGUACAACAAACUGAUAGAAGUUAUGAAAUCUCGAGGUAGAGACGAUAUUCAUAUCGAUGUUGUUCAGUUAUCGGUAGGAAUACUAGUCGACUGGUUUGAUUUCAUAAAUGAUUGACAAGAUGCGUGGAUUGAUGUUGGAUAGAUGGGACAAUAAAAACGAUCUGCCUACAGAAGCACUAUGUGAUUUAGAGGCAACAUUUUAUAGAUUUGUGAAUGCCAAACCAAGAUGACUUGUAUUUUAGAAACUUAAGUGUUAACGGGAUAAUCUACAGCUGCAUAUGUCUUGAAUUGAAAUUUUCUUUCAUUCACUACAGUUCAUUGUCUGCCUGUUCAGAUUUUUUUUUUGGGGAAGGUUAUAAAAGCAAGUUGUUUUUUUGUGUAACUGAGCCUUGACAAAUGAAAAAUUGUGAAUUUUAAGUUAUACAAAUGAACAGCAUUUUUAGAAAACUAAGAAAUUUAAGCAUUGUAAAUUGUUACCUGUUUGGGACCUGUGAUUAAUAUGACUUCUGAGUCUUAAGUAACUGCUACCGUAUGUUUUUUCAUUUAUGUACAAAAUAUUUUGAAAUAGCAUUGAACGUUAAAAAGAAAUAUAUUUUCUAUAUUAUGUUCAACAAAAUAACAGACUGUAUUGAAAUGUUUGACUAAAACACAUUUGAUAAAGUGUACAGUUGGAAACUACGAGAUUUUAAUAAUAUGUAGUUUUAUGUGUCAUUUCAAAUGAAAAGUAUGUGAAAAAAUAAUUGUAUAGCUUUUCAUGUAAGAUUUUGCCUCCGUUUAUGAGUAAAAUUAACAUAGGAAUAGAAAGAAAGGCAGGUUACAUUACAUGUAAAUAGAGUGAUGUUUAUAUAUAGAUGAAC